UGCUUGAUUUUUUAUUCAGUUUGUGCUUGAAUUUUUAUUUUGUUGAUGCGUGAAUUUUAUUUUUUCAAGUGCUUGAAAUUUUAUCCUGUUGAUGCGUGAAUAAUUUCGAAACACCCUAUAUGUUAUAGGUAAAGAAUAGGAUGGUGUGUUUGUAGUAGAUAAAAAAUGUUACCAAGAUAAAAAAAAAGUUUAUCCUUUUGUCAAGCCCUGUACUUGUUUCCUUAUAUUUACUUGAUCUUUUUUUUUCAAUAAAUAUGAUACCUCGAUUACCACCUGUUGUAUUAGCUUUAUUAGGGGGAGCCUCUAUUUAUGGGAUAAAGUAUGUUUUAGAUAAAAUAGAACCAAAAGCAAUUGGACCACCAGGUUCAUCAGAACAAAUGAGUCGAGUUUUAAAUUAUAGACGUAAUGUCAGACGAAUUGGCGUAGCAGUUGCUGUAUCUGGUAUCAUCUAUACAGGCUAUUGGGCGUAUGAUUUAAGAAAACAUCGGAAUUCACCAGCAGUUAUAGCAAAAAAUAAUCUCGAUGAACAAAAAGCAUUUUAUGAAGAUCAGUAUAGAGAAAGAGAGAAAAGAUAUAUAAAAGAAAUAGAAGAAUUAAAAAGAAAAGAAAAAGAUAAAGAAUUAUUUAUUAAACAGCAUUUAGAUAAAGAAGUAUUGGCAAUGGAAAACAUGAUAAAUCAACAAAAUGAGAGUAACAAUAAUAAUAAAAAAUGAGCUAAUAUGCAGUCAAUCUUUUUUUUUUUUCCCGUCAAUAUUUAUACAUGCAGCAAGUGUAACAAAUAUCUAUUCAAAUUUAAAAUAUCUUGAGCAUAUUUCUUCUUUCUCUCUCUCUCUCUCUUUUUU